GAGAGAAAAUUUAUAUGAAGCGAUAAAGAGGAGACGAAGGAAGAGAGGAAAAAGCUUUGAGGCUAAGUUCGAUCGGUCGUCUAUGGCGAGAGAGUUGAAUUUUGCGAUCUUCUUGUUUUUGUUUUUUUAACUAACGAGGGAGGAAGGAGAAAAAGUGGUUUGAUUUAGCUGUGGAGUUUGAUUUUGUUGUGUGGAGAACGAGAAUCAGUAGCGAAAAUGAAUGGUAACAGCAGUCGGAAUGGGAAUGUAGGAGGAUUCAGUAACGCGGAAUGGGAGCUUAUUCGGAGGUACCACAGGACUGAGCCUGCUGAGAAUCAGUGCACCUCUCAGCUUGUUAAGCGUAUUAAAGCUCCUGUUCAUCUUGUGUGGUCUCUGGUAAGGAGGUUUGAUCAACCACAAAGAUACAAACCUUUUGUUAGCAGAUGUGUUUUGAAGGGAAACCUUGAGAUCGGGACUCUCAGAGAAGUUGAUGUGAAAUCGGGGCUUCCAGCCACAACGAGUACAGAGAGAUUGGAACUCCUUGAUGAUGAUAGGCACAUCCUUAGCAUGAGGAUUGUUGGCGGAGAUCACAGACUCAAGAAUUACUCUUCAAUCAUCUCCUUGCAUCCAGAAAUCAUUGAUGGAAGACCAGGGACUUUGGUAAUUGAAUCAUUUGUGGUCGAUGUGCCUGAAGGAAACACAAAGGACGAAACAUGCUACUUUGUGGAAGCCUUGAUUAAAUGCAAUCUUAAGUCACUUGCUGAUGUUUCAGAGCGGCUUGCAGUGCAAGAUCGCACUGAGCCUCUUGAUAGGAUCUAAAAUCUGGGAUUGGUAACGUUUGAUGUACGCAAGGGGCUUGCCAUGAAUGAAGCCUCCAAGGCUCUCAUAUCUUUGGAGGCUUUGGAGAUGGACUGGCAGGAGGGUAUGUUGUACACAAAUUAGCAUCAUCUUUUAUCGGGUGAUAUUAUAUUCCUUUUCAUUUAAGUUCAGCAAGUCAAAUCUAGUACCUGGAGCACAAACGGUCUUGUAAGGUUUGAGAAACUCUGUAGAAUUUAGAGAGGGAGAGAGA